CGGUGUUUAUUGGCUGCUGUGCUUGAUAGCCUCGCCUUCGUUUGACCCACUGCGAGGAGGACUGUGAGUGAAAGUCACGGGUGUGAGCAGAGUGAAAACUCGGUCUCGAUGUCUCGCGGUCGUCUGUCUCCUCAGGGGACUAUCCUCCUGCUCUGUGACAUGCAGGAGAAAUUCCGUCCACAUAUCAUCCACUUCGGGGACAUUGUGUCCAAUGCAGCCAGACUCCUACAGGCCUCUCGUAUUCUAGGGGUCCCUGCUAUUGUCUCAGAGCAGUACCCCAGUGGUCUGGGCCCAACGGUUCCUGAGUUGGGGGCACAGGGGGUCCGUACUUUCUCCAAGACGUCAUUCUCAAUGCUGACCCCCGAGGUCCAGGCUGCUCUGGGAGAGAGGGGGGCCGGGGGCGGAGCCAGAGCUGUGCUGCUCUGCGGGAUCGAGGCUCAGGCCUGCAUCACGUGCACCGCGCUGGAUCUGCUGGACAGGGGGCUGGAAGUGCAUCUCAUAGCCGACGCUGUGUCAUCAAGGAGUCAGACAGAGCGGCUUCUCUCUCUCUCUCGUCUCAGACAGAGCGGGGUGUUUCUCAACACAGUCGAGGGGGUCAUUCUGCAGCUGGUGCAGGAUGCAGCGCACCCCAAAUUCAAACAGCUGCAGAAGCUCCUGACUCACCCCUCCCCCGACACCGGCCCCUGGGGUCAUUACCCCCCAGCAGCACAGGACCCCUAA